GCACAAAACAAGUUCUAAACACUUGCUCAUGUAGUCGGCUUGGUCACUAAUCCUAUCAACACAAUAAAUGUUGAUACUAGAGUGGUGGGUUAGUAUCCCAAAGCCGAAAAUGAUUCACACAACAGUUGCAACUUGUGAGACAACAUCAACAGACAGAGAGAUUGCAACAUUCACACAUCAGUUAAUCAAUAUUAUUGAAGAUAUCAGAAGGAUGCAGUGAUUUCAAGUGGAUAUACUUUUAACGAAUACGAAGUGACAACUGCAGAUGGAUAUUUACUUUCUAUGUUCCGCAUUGGACGCAGAUCUUCCCAAAAUGGCACCUCGACCUCAGCAAAUGGUUCUCCUGUUUUAAUAGUGCAUGGUUUCCUAUCGAAUGCUUAUGACUGGUUACUUUUGGGUCCUGGAGAUAGUCUUGCUUACAAACUUGUGGAUCAAGGGUAUGACGUUUGGCUGGGAAAUUGUCGGGGAAAUAAAUACAGCAGGAAACAUGUCAAAUAUGACCCAGAAGAACCGCCAUUUUGGAGAUUCAGUUUUCAUGAAAUUGGUUACUAUGACCUUCCAGCAAAAAUAGAUUUUAUCCUCAAUCAAACUGGUUAUAAAAGUAUUUACUACAUUGGCCACUCACAAGGAACAACAAGUAUGUUUAUCACUGCAUCUGAAAGGCCGGAAUAUAUUAAAACAAUUCGAUUAUUUAUUGCGUUUGCACCGGUGGCGUUUACUAAAUCUAUGCCUGCACUUAUGGCGGAAUUACUUGCAACGUUUUAUAAACCAUUUGAAUGGUUUGUUUACAUGUUUGAUUAUCAAGAGUUCCUGCCAGGUGCCCACGAAGUACAACACAAAGUAUUGCGUUUGUUUUGUGAUGAAAAUAUGCCCUUUGCAAACCUUUGUCGUACAUUUUUUAGAGCGAACGUUGGUUACAGUGUUGAUUCUGAGUCGUUUACUGCUCAACAAUUGUUUAAUAGUGCCCCCGGUGGAGCAUCUACCCAUCAAUUAUUGCAUUUCCUACAAACAAAGCGAUCAGAUAAAUUUUGUCAGUAUGACUAUGGAUUCAUGACAAAUUACAUAAAAUAUGGUAAAAGUCGUCCACCAGAUUACAAUUUGAAAACUACAAUUCCUACAGCUCUUAUUUACAGUAAUAAUGAUUGGCUUUCCACUGAACAAGAUGUAAAACGGAUUAGUGCCCAACUUAAAAAUAUAAAGUUCAGGUACAAAUCACAUGCCAAUCAUGUGGAUUAUCUUUUCGGGCGAAGAACUAAUCGCAUUUUAACACCUAUUAUAACAAAAUUGUUAAGGGCGAAUUGAAACUAUAAUUAAUUUGUAAACAAAUAUGUAAAUUUUAAAUUUAAAAAUAUUGUUAUCGUGGGUACCUAACACCACGUGUGUAUCAUGUUUAUCAUAAACGAAGAUAACAAUGUGGAAUAUUUUAAAUGUUAUUUGAAGUGCGUCAAUAUGGUUGAAUAUUUAUAAAUCUGCAAAUUAGUUACAAAUAUUUUGAAAACUUUUAGCAAAUUGUUUUGACGUGAUAACGUCUUUAAAAUCGUUUUAUUGGGUGACUGUUCAGAAACUGUGUCACGAGCGAGGUCGAUCGCAGGUAUACCCCCCUCUCGUUAUAACGAGAGAGAGACGGACCGAUCUCACGUCUCAUCUCGAGCGCUGCCAGUCAUUCCGACCCCCCUCUCGUUAUAACCAGAGAGAGACGGACCGAUCUCACGUCUCAUCUCGAGCGCUGCCAGUCAUUCCGUGCCAGUCAUAGCGUUCGAGUGAGUUGACCGAUCUUCCGUCUCUCUCACUCUAGCGGCAUACAAACGAAUGGAGAUUUUCUCGUGCGGUUAAGUUUUCGUUGAAUGUUUAACAGUAAAACAAAAUGUGAAGUGCAAGUGAAGUGUUACAACAAUUGCAACAAACAAAACUUAUAUCACCAAUAAGACGUUAUCACGUAAACAUCUCGAUCGUAAACCUACUUUACAAACAACCAUUUUUCUUUUGAUUGGGACAAUAAUAAAAGUGUUGUGCGCAGGGUUGAAAAAAACCGACGGCAUGACAAUUGCAUUGCAGAUUUCUGGGUAAUUUAAUUGAAAGUCCUAAAACUAGAAGGCGCUAGUAGGCUAUGUUUAGCUAUGUUUUGUUCCUCCACACCCAGGUUGCGCUAGUGUCAGCUAUCUAUUUUGUUUUGUUCCAUCACAGCCAGAUGGCGCUUCCAUCAAAUUGGUUUAAAUUCAUACUUAAUUUUUGUUGUUGUUUUUAGUGCGCUGAGUUGCAGUGCGUACGUCACUUGUAUUGCAUUUCUGUCCUAUGCAGAUAGAAGAAUACCCCUCCAACUACGGGUCUGCUUGCUUAGUUCGGCUUGGUUCGGCUUAGUCAGUUAAGCGCUGUUGCGUAGUGCGCACGUUUUUUCUACAUUAAUCAAACGGGGUGACGAUUUCUUGCGCUUCUUGAUAUUUUGUAGCAUUACUAGAAUCGACAAUCAGAGGCAUUAGUAGUAACAUCCCAGUGUAGCGCACAACGAAUAAUUUGAUUCUUUGCAAUGCGCGCAUGACGUCCGUGGGAUAUGUUCCGGAGACUAUUGGAGUAAUUUGGAAUCUUCGUGUGGAAUAGUAACGAAGUACGUAUCAUCAAUUCUACAUAAAAUUUGCGGAAACGUGUUUGUGCGAUUUAGUCCUUUGAUAGAAGAACAAAGGAUUACCAUGUUAUUGCUUUAUUGUAAAUGCCCACUGCUUCGAUGCGUUCUUUGCUCCCGGAUCGACCGCCAUGUUUAUAAGGACUUGUUAAAAUGUCUCGUACCUGUAACCGUAUUUUUGCAACAGAUUGUAGGGGUUUUGCACAUGAAUCCGACAUCGUAAGGGAACCAUUCUUUUAGCAGAUUGUGUUUUGAACCUGAACCCGACAUCGUAGGAGAACCAUCCUUGUAUCAGAUUGUGUUUUUAACCUGAACCCGACUUCGUAAGGGAACCAAUCUUUCAGCAGAUUGUAUUUUGAACCUGAACCCGACAUCGUAGGAGAACCAUCCUUGUAUCAGAUUGUGUUUUGAACCUGAACCCGACAUCGUAGGAGAACCAUUCUUGUAUCAGAUUGUGGUUUGAACCUUAACCCGACAUCGGAGGAGAACCAUUCUUAUAUCAGAUUGUGUUUUACACCUGAACCCGACAUCGUAAGGGAACCAUUCUUUCAGCUGAUUGUGUUUUGAACCUGAACCAGACAUCGUAGGAGAACCAUUCUUAUAUCAGAUUGUAAGUAUUAAAUUUCUUUAUCAUUUUCACAAAUAACUUUGGUGAUAAGCUUAUUAAUUAGCAACAAAACUUGCAUUUUGGUGUUUCGAAGGACUAAUUUUUGCUUGUUUUACGGGAUUUGCACCUCAACCCGACAUCGUAGGAGAGCCAUUCUCGCAUUUAAUAAUAGGUAUUAAAUUUCUUUAUCAUUUUCAUAAAUAACAUUAGUGAUUAACUCAUUAAUUAGUAAUAAAAUUUACAAUUUUGUGUUUCAAAAGAUUAUUUUUUAUUUUUUGUUUUUGGGGGUUAAGCACCUGAACGGCUUACCCCUAAUUAGAGGGAUCCCUAAAAAUGUAGAAUUUAAUUCUUCGUUGGGUUAUAUUCUGUUGUCAUAGGAGAUGCACUUGUAAAACAUGAAUUGUUAUAAAUAUUGUACGUUUUAUACGUUGUUCAGGCGAUAACUAUUAACUGUUUAUUUAUAUCCAGUUAAUUUGAAAAGAUUUUACGAUUAUAUUGAUACGUAGGUUAGCUGUCAGGGCCAGGUCGGAAGCACGAAUGUCGGUGAGCGCUGCCGCUUGUCAUGAGGACAGCUCCCUAGAGACCCUAGCACCCUAGGAUCCCUAGUCGAGUGUCCCCAGCGCGGUCAAGUCGGCGGUGCUCGUAGCCCCAAUCACCGCUAGAGGGCGCCGGAGCCAAAGGUGGCUUCAAUAUAUAACAUGGAUAGUUUUUAUUUAUCACUUGUUCAAUUAACUGACAGAAAUAGAUAGAUAGCAAUGGCAGAAUGACGUGAGCUAGAGCAAGAGAAAAUACUCUAAAAUUUCAUGUUCUAUCCAUAUUCUCUAUAUGAUCCGUGGAAUUCGACGCUUUGUUUAUGCUUUCAGUUCGACCUUGUCUUGCGCACCAUAUUCUGUGCUGCCAUUUAAACAGUAUCGUGCCGGUUGCCCGCUUCAAGUGCGUUCGCGCGUUACGUCAGUCGGUGGUACGCAGUUGUGUUGAUUGCACGUGUUAUUUUUCUCCAUCGAUCUUCAUCGCGACUGUUUUGUUGCUUUAAUACGGUACAAGCAUUAGACAUCGACUACUGACUAAGUGAUUUAUCGCGAAUCGACUCCAGAAUUAAGAGACCUCCCCAUGUGUAUGCCAUUGGCAACCAGCAGUCGGAUCUCUUCCGUUCCAAUUGGAUAUACUGGUCAACAUUAUUCAAUUGUUAAUUUGUGAAGAUAAAUUACGCGUUUUCUCUGUGGAGUAUUGUUGCUAGUGCAAAAGUAAUACUUUAUGCGCUUUGGUACUUCAUAAACCGAACAACAAAGAAGUAUGUAACAUCAGGUACAAAAUUUCUUCUGUUAAAUUUUACAUACGAGUAUAUAUUUGCAUUGAUUUUAAGAUACAUGUAAGAAUAUUGUUCUGUAAAUAAAGGAUAAUUUAAUCUUAA